CUGCCUCUCUCUCAUCUUUCAUGCCCGAAGUUUCUCACUUCCAAUUCUCUCGCUUUCCCUCAUGCUCCUCACCCAUGGCUAGAACCCUAGCCGUUACUUCCCGUCAGCUGUCGUUAACUCUGCCUUUUGCUGCAUCUUCCUCUGUUAACUUUAACGGAAGACUUUCAAGCUCCCUUUCUCCAGCUGCUUCCACACCUCGUGGCUCGUGUCCCUACGCUCAAAUGUUCUGAUUCGACUUCUCAAUCAUAUGUUGAUCAAUCAGCAAAAUUUCUAGAAGCUUUCAAGAAGGGCGGUUUAAUUCCUUUAUACCACUGCAUAUUAUGUGAUCACCUCAUUCCUGUGCUUGCUUAUUGCUGUUUGGUUAAUGAAGAUGAUAGAGAUGCUCCAAUCUUUUUAUUUGAGUUAGUCGAACUUGGUUUGGAUGCUUCCACUAUUGUAAGGGGCAAUUUAGUGUUAUAGGAGCUCAACCAAGUAUAGAAAUUGUGGCUAAAGAAAACAUGGUCACAAUUAUGGACCAUUAUGAAGGCUGAAGGACAGAGAAGAUUGUGGAGGACCCAAUAGAAGUUCCUAGGAGAAUGAUGGAGGAUUGGGGCCCCCAACUUGUUGAUGACCUUCCAGAAGUUUUUAGUGGUGGGUGGUGUGGUAUGUAGAGAAGAAAAAACUGCCUUUUUCUGCUGCCCCACCGGAUGACAAAAAUCUCCCUCAUGUCCACCUUGGCCUUUAUGAGGAUGUUAUAAUAUUUGAUCAUUUGGAGACGGUCACUGGAGAGUUACUUGAUUAUUUAAAUAGUUGGGAUGCAUUGCACUACCUGUUGGCACUGUUAGUGGGGCACCAAAAGUCUACCCUCCGCAACAUUUUUCCAUUUCUAUAUGUAUUUAUAAUCUCCUUAAAUGCUUUUGAACACAUAAAUUAUUAACCUAUGCCCAAUAUAAACUCAAUCCAUAUAGUAGAUUCUGAUUUUGUGGAUGCUUCUGUUCUAAGACCCUCAUGAGGAUUGAUUAUUUUUCGUAGUUUCUUACCAGCAGCUGUAUUGGAAUGCACGUAAAUGCUAUGGAGCUGAUUGAUCAGCUAGAAGGCCACAUAGUGGUGGAUUUGGAGGAAGUUCAUUUUCUGGUGAUAUGGAUGUUGAUCUGGCUCUCAGAGCUAUCGUCUUUCCUACUAGGGCCCGUUAUGAUACAAGGCAUUCAUAUAAUGAUCUGAACAAGCGGCAAGAAUGGUUUGCUCACCUCCAAGCUGGGGCUGGAAUUGUACAGUGAUCCAGCUGAUGAGCAGAUAGAGUUUGAGACAAAGCAGCAGCUCUGGCACAUGCCACUGAUCUUGCAGAAGAAUUAUUUGUCAAGAAUUGAUUAUUUGAAGAAUUUAGGAUCAGACAAGAACACAGAUGACAGAAAAAUAGAUAAGCCUACACCACGUCAUGGUUUGAUAUCUCAACGCAACGGGCAAGUGUCAAUUAUGUCUUGAAAGGGAGAGCUGUAAGCGACUCGAACCACAAAGGUGAGUGGUGAUCUAGUAUGCAAGCAUAAAGUGCUAGUGAAUUAGGGUCGGGCUCUUGAGUCUUAACCAAGAUUUUAGCUAUGGGUACCACGAAGAUCUACAUAGUGUAUUACUCCUUAUAUGGACAUGUGGAGACAAUGGCACGAGAAGUCCAGCGAGGGGCUAAUUCAGUUCAAGAUGUUGAAGCAACACUUUGGCAGGUACCAGAGACACUUUCCAACUUGAUAAUGCAAAAGAUGAAGGCCCCUCCUAAAGCAGAUGAUGUGCCGGUGAUUCAACCAGAACAGCUUUUGGAGGCAGAUGGUUUUGUCUUUGGUUUUCCUUCUCGUUUUGGUGUGAUGGCAGCCCAGUUCAAGGCAUUCUUUGAUGCAACGCAUGAGCUUUGGGCAUCCCAAGCGCUUGCUGGCAAACCUGCUGGAAUCUUCUGGAGUACUGGUUUCCAUGGAGGAGGUCAAGAACUUACUGCAUUGACGGCCAUAACACAGUUAGCACAUCAUGGUAUGCUAUUUGUUCCUCUUGGUUACACAUUUGGCAGUGGUAUGUUUGAGAUGAAUGAGGUAAAAGGUGGCUCUUCUUAUGGUGCUGGAACAUAUGCGGCAGAUGGAACUCGUCAUCCCACAGAAUUAGAACUCCAACAGGCUUUUCACCAGGGCAAGUAUGUUGCUGAGAUAACCAAAAAGCUCACCAGUUAAUAAUAAUGAGUAAUCCACUACCACGAGAUUGUAACAAAGGGAGUUGCUAGAUUGUGCACUGGCAUUACAGAAACGGAGAUGUUGGAGGGUGGUGGAGCUAAAAAGGGACUUAAAUCAACUUUUAAAGGAAACAUGGCAAUUGCUGAGUAGGCUGAGUCUUAACACAUGAUUAUAAACCCACUCAUGCACAUUUCACAACCCACUAGUUCAUUGCUUUAAUUAUGUAAAUAUAAAUAAUACAAUUAUUAGAACGUUGUAAAAAAUAAAAAUGCGUGUAAUUAUUUUAAUAUUUGUGAUGGUACGAGUGAUUAUGCGAGUUGUUAGAUAUGAGUAAUCACUUGCUCUAUUCUAUUUCGUCAA